CAAGAAGUUCAAGGCCCCGAACAUCCUGUGAUGGUAAGAAGUUUUCGUUCUGUAGAUGUCGAAGUGCAAAGAGACUCAGAUGGCUCAAAAGUGAUUGCUUCAGUAUCAUUUUUUAAGAAAUCGAUAAAGAUGGAGCAAAUGUCCGGAGGAGCUGUGUGUGACCCAAGAACGCCCGUUCGUGCAGUGCUUGCUCCACGUCAGAUAGUGCCGAGACAGCAAACACCGUACAAGUACUGGAGAAAGCAAGAAGUUCAAGGCCCCGAACAUCCUGUGAUGGUAAGAAGUUUUCGUUCUGUAGAUGUCGAAGUGCAAAGAGACUCAGAUGGCUCAAAAGUGAUUGCUUCAGUAUCAUUUUUUAAGAAAUCGAUAAAGAUGGAGCAAAUGUCCGGAGGAGCUAUGUGUGACCCAAGAACGCCCGUUCGUGCAGUGCUCGCUCCACGUCAGAUAGUGCCGAGACAGCAAACACCGUACAAGGUUAAUGUUGCGACGCUGCCAAUUGCCAAAACACCGACACGGGCUGGAGAACAGUUGCGUUAUUAA